AUGGAUGUCGGCGAACUAUUGUCAUUUAAGCCUACCCCAACACCUAAGCGUCCUAAUGAAGAUGAACUCGAAGAUUCAGAUGAGGAAAGUGUACGUUCGAAAAAAGUACGUCGACGAGCAGUCGGUGCGGAUUUCGAAAGAUCUGCAAAGUCUCUGCCCAAAGAACCUACUAUAACUGACAAAGAACGCGAAGAUAUUUUAAAAUUUGUAGAAAAUGUUGUUACAGAGGGAGAAGUCUUGGAUGAAACAGCAGUGAAAAAACUUGUUCUAAAUUUCGAAAAGAAAGCAUUAAGGAACAGAGAAAUGAGAAUUAAAUUUCCUGAUCAGCCUGAGAAGUUUAUGGACAGUGAAUUGGAUUUAUAUGAUGCACUGCAAGAAUUAAGUGCAGUUGCAACAGUACCUGACCAGUAUCCACUACUCGUAGACUUGAAAUGCAUAAAUUCUCUCUUAGAACUCCUAUCCCAUGAUAACACCGAUGUUUCAACAAAAGUUGUGAAUUUGUUACAGGAAUUAACUGAUGUUGAUAUUUUGCAUGAGAGUGAGGAAGGUGCAGAGGAGUUAAUCAAUGCUUUAGCUGAUGCAGAGUCUCCAUCUCUACUCUUACAUAAUUUGUCUCGUCUUGAUGAACAAGUGCCGGAUGAGAGAGAUGCUGUACAUAAUACUUUAGGAAUCGUUGAAAAUAUAACUGAGUUUCGUCCUGAAUUAUGUGUUGAAGUUGCAAAACAAGGUUUCAUUCAGUGGAUUCUUAAGAGAUUGAAGAUGAAAAUACCAUUUGAUGCCAAUAAAUUAUAUGCGACAGAGAUUUUGUCAAUUCUUCUGCAAAAUACACCCGAGAACAGAAAAUUGUUAGGAGAACUUGAUGGCAUUGAUGUACUAUUACAACAGUUAGCGUUUUACAAGAGACAUGACCCAAGCGGUCCAGAGGAACAAGAGGCUAUGGAGAAUAUGUUUGAUUCCUUGUGCUGUGCGCUUAUGGAGCCGGCCAAUAGGGAUCGUUUCCUACGAGGCGAGGGACUCCAGCUUAUGAACUUGAUGUUACGAGAAAAGAAAAUGUCAAGGAAUGGAUCAUUAAAAGUCUUAGAUCAUGCUUUAGCUGGCCCAGAUGGAAAGGACAACUGUAAUAAAUUUGUUGACAUUUUGGGUUUACGCACAGUAUUCCCAUUAUUCAUGAAAACUCCUAAGAGGAAGAGACUGCUAACGGUUGAUCAACAUGAAGAACACGUUGUAUCAAUAAUAUCGUCAAUGUUACAAAAUUGUCAAGGCGGUCAGCGGCAGAGAUUGCUAGCGAAGUUCACUGAAAACGAUUUGGAGAAAGUUGAUAGACUUUUGGAGCUACACUUCAAAUAUAUGGACAAAGUUGAUCGGGUUGAAAAGGAUAUUGAGCAAGAAGCAGAAGAUCUGGAUGACGAUGCACAGUAUUUGAAAAGAUUGUCUGGUGGAUUAUUCACACUGCAGCUUAUCGAUAGGAUAAUAUUGGAGGUGUGUACAGCUGGUCCGGCGUCAAUAAAACAGCGUGUGCAGCGCGUGUUAUCACUACGCGGUGGCUCUUUGAAGAUAAUAAGACAUGUAAUGAGGGAAUACGCCGGCAACCUCGGCGACGCCGGUAGCGAAGAAUGGAGACAGCAAGAACAACAGCACAUAUUACAAUUAGUUGAUAAGUUUUAA